GCUUGGAUCAGUGCAUCAAAAGUGCCCUCGUACGUUGUUUUACGCCAUCCAGCCAACCUGGUCCUACACAUGUCGUCACCUGUCAUCCCUUAAUCGCUAGCCCCCCACCCUGCCCCUGACCUAUUCAACUCUGCCUUCAACGGCAAAAUCCUGUAUGGCGCCAUGCCCUCAACUUUCAGUUUUGCAACGUGUACUGCUCUAUUUUCUUCUAUCCUUAUGUCAUUAUCGCUACACUUGCCGUCUGACCCACCACCCUAUAAUCACACUCAGCCAUCACAUGGCGAUUACUCCCUACGCAAAAAUAAGCGAUGUCAGAAUCUAUUGAUCCCUGCGACAUCCUCCGUCUUGAUCCACAUCCCAAACUCUAUCUCCUAUCACGAUGAUAUUCCGCGUAGUACACACCGAAGGAAGCGGAAGGCACAAAGCAUUCCUAUGGUGGAGAUUACACAUCAUAAAGCAGUAGAGCAGUUGACGCCGAAUCGACAGCUUGUGAACGGUCAACGCAUAGUGACCAAGAAUAGCGUGGGGCAUUAGUGUAAAAUUUGAGCUCAUCUUGCAGUUUGACACCGAUUCACCUGGGCAUCGACAUCCGGCAUU